AUGAACUUCAACUCGACUCUAUCACCCAAAUUAUCCUCCAUAUUGAACCAAUUAUCAAACGAAGAACUUGAACAAAUUAAAAAUGCAUUUAAUCAAAAAUCAAACUUCUGUAUUCACAAACAACAACAAGGUCAUCCACCAUAUCCAUCUCAUCACUCUUCAUAUUGUCCUCCUUCUACCAAUCCAACACAAGAAAAUUGUCCAACUAUUCCUCCACUAAUGAAUCAUCAGGACCAAUAUUCGAAAGUACAUCCUUUAAUUAACCAGCAUCAUGGCAUCCCUGCUUCACCACCUACUCCACGGCGUACUAUUAGCAACAACCUAGACAAUAUUGGCAAUGAUCAUCCGCAUACAAAUAAACGUACCGGUAGUAACGAACAAUUGCAACCCAAUCAACCAAUUCAUCAACAUCAAUAUCAUCACAACAACAACAUUAUCAGGCAUCACAAUUUUCAAUUCUCAUUCAGUGUCUUAAAGCGAGCAGUAGCUAAUUUUCUUCCAUCUUAUUUCAUUGUAUUUGAUGCUUCAAUUAAAUCUACUGAUUUACCAUCAAGCACUCAAGUUGCUAUUAUGCUGAAGAAACUUUUUAUUGAGAACCGGCUACACGUCAAAGAAAUAUCCAUGUGUACCCAAGCUGGUGAACGAAGAUUCAAGUUCGCUGUAAGUAAGAAACUUGAUUUCUUAACUUUGUUUGAUUGGUCAUGGCCUAAUGAAAUUGAUGGUAUGAAAUUCAAAAUAACCAAACCCCAUUCACUACCUGAUUGUCUUGCUUUGGUGGUACGUUAUAUACCUACGGAUAUUAAAGAAACUGAUUCUCGUAUGGAAAUAAUGAAGGCCAUUCCUGCAGCUGUUUCAUUUUCAACAAUUCGUUAUCAACAUCGUCAUCGACCAUCCUACGAUCUUCGAUUUUGUGUACGUAAUUUAGAUCAAUAUAAAACGGCAUUAGAAUUAGGUCGAUUAGCUAUUGGUCAUCAUUAUUUGCCUCUUACUUAUUUCAUGUCCGGUUAUCGUUUAACUUAUUGUACUUCAUGCUGGAAAAUUGGUCAUUUAAAGGACAAGUGUCAUUCACAAGCUUCCUGUCGUAAAUGUCUUACCCCGUUUAAAAAUGGAGAAAAUCAUGUCUGUCAUGAAAAUAGUUAUAUAUGUGCUCAAUGUGGUGAUAAUCAUUUUUCUCUUAGCUCAAUAUGUCCUGUUGUUAAACAAUAUAAAAAAGAUCUUAAAGCUGCAGUUGAACAAGCACUAGCAGCCGGUACAAUAACAUGUCCUCGUCCAGGUGAACCAACUUAUCCAAUUCGACGUAUUGAAAGUGAAUUCCCGGAACUUAGUCAUCAUCAUCAAGUAUAUCAUAAACCGGCCUGGCAAACUAAAGCACACGAGGAACAACAAUUUAUUCAGAACAAUCAUGUAAGUGAACUUGCAGAUGCUAUUAAAGCACUGUCGAACACAAUGGCCAAAAUUGAAAAGAACCUCCAAGAAAUGAAUAGGCGUAUCGAAGAACAAUAUAAUAGUGGUGUACUUCAUAAUAAUAGCAUAUCCACUAUCAUCGAUACUCUACAAGUUUUUUCUAGAUGGGUUAAUGCGAAUAACUCAGAUCGUACAAAAUUAAAAAAGAAUAUUACAAACUCGAUUGAUGAUCUUCAAGAAUUGAAACAAAAAAUGUUACAAGAAAGCUACAAAGCUCCCAAUUCUUCUGGCUUAUCGCAUCAAUCAGCUAACACAAUCAACAGCACUAACAACAAAGAAAUAGUAGAAGAUUUGAAUGAAGAUCACCACACAAACUCUCAGGAACAAUAUGACUAA